UGUAUGGGCCAUACAGCAUUCAUAAUGGACCGUCUCUGAUAAUACCUUAUCCAGUCUCUCUGACACCAGUGCUUCACUUAUGACAUCCCUAUGAGGUCACAAUUGGAAUGGCAUCAACCUAGGUGAUUUAUACCAAACAUUCCAUUUCAUGUCACUCUGGCAUUUCACUUCAAGAAUCAGCCACAUUAUUUUUUUUUCAAUGGCAAACACAUAUUAUACAUAUUUAGUAGGCAAAUUGCUUAUUUCCAACAUUUUAUUGGGAUCUAGAAGCUUCCAGCCAUAAGCUUCAAAUGGAUUUCCAAGGCCUUAAAGAUGAUCUUCAGGCCGAUUUUGAGGAGAUGAAAAAUAUGAUAAGGCAGCUUCUCAGAGAAACCCAAGCAUUGAAUAGGGCUGCCUGCACCUCAGCAUGUCAUCAGAUGCAUCCUCCUCUGGCCUCGCCCCUGCCAGACGGCAUUCCCAUAAUGCCCUGCAGUGCCCCGCUUUUUCGCCACACGCAGGAUGUGCUGCCCCCUAUUGGCUCUGCACCCAAAAAUCAGCAGCAGCCACAGCAGCCGCAGCAGUCUGGGGGCCUCGGAACUGCUUGCAGUUCCUCAUCUAUGACAUCAGUCAUCCAGGACUACCCACCUCUGCUGAAUCCCUGUGGACUCCCCAAACCAGUUGCCCUGCGUCCAAUUGUGAGGAGGGACUUGACAGAGCUUGACCACGCCCAUCCUCUGGAGCCACUCCCACCGAGAAGCUCCCACGUGGUCAAGAGCGACGGCAGCAACAGCACCACCUCCAUGGUGCCCGCUCCACCUGCUGUUGCCCAGGCGAUGAUGGGCGAUGGUGCCAGGCAGCCAAAGAACAUCAAAGCCAGGCGCUAUGUCAACAGUGUGUGUGGUGCCAGUCAAGACAACAGCUGCCAGUCUAACGCUCAAUACAGCACCCAGUCUUUGGAGACAUCUGAGGAGAACACUGCCCUCAGCUGCUACGUCAGUGUCUCUGACUGCUCAGGCAACAGCACCAGCCUCAGCCUGGUGGACUUUAGGACCCCGUCUGAUCAGCAAGGCCCGUCCUCCUUCAGGACCCCCAUUCCCCCAAUGCCCUCCUCUAGGCUCCCUCAGCCCUCGCAGGCAGCCAAACCCCAAUCAAGGAGCAGACAGAGUUGCAGCAGAUUGCCCCGCUUGAAGUCAUCGUUACACAGUGUGAUCACUGCAGUUGAAGACCUCCCAGAGCCAGUGCGUGUCAAGUCGGCUGCAUGGAGGAAGGAGGAAGUGAGGGAGAGUGAGAGUGUGACGAACAGGAAGAGAGCGGGAGAGAUGAAGCAGGCGAGGGAGAUACAGCAGGUCAUGGAGCUGCCAGAGCUGCGGCAGCUGCAAUCUUUGUCCAACCCAGGCCGGACCCUCUGGCAGGCCUUCCAGUUUAUGAGUGACAAGGACUGGGAGAAGAAGGUGGAUGGGCUGCUCUACAUCCGAUGCCUCUCUCAGAACCACGCCGAGGUGCUGCUGCCCAGGCUUCACGAGCUGUGUGUAGCCAUCAUCCAAGAGGUGACGAACCGGCGUUCGAUCGUGGCCCGCGCUGCCAUGGUGACGUUGGCACAUCUGUUUGCCGACCUGGGCCGGGAGAUGGACUUAGAGGCAGAGGCUACAGCCCAGGUGCUCCUGAAGAAGGUGGGAGAUGCCAGUGCCUUCAUCAGGCACGACGCAGAGCUGGCACUGACCCACAUGGUGCUCAACGUCACCCCUUCGCGCAGCAUGACCGCACUCCUCAACACGGGCCUCAGGCACCGUAAUUGGGCUGUGAGGGCGAGCGCGGCCCAGCACCUGAGCAAGGUGGCCGAGAUCAUGGGCACGUCCCGUAUCCUGAGCGGCAAGAAGGAGCUGACUGGCUGCUUCAUCCAGGCCAUCAGCUGCCUCGCCCUCGACCCCGCACAGGAAGUCAGGACCAACGCCCGUAACACCCUCACCUUCCUCGCCACAAACCCUAACUUCAUUGAGAUGGUGGACAAAUUCAUUCCGAUGAAAAACAAAGUCGCCAUCAAAGACAUCAUCAACAAACACCAGCGCAAAUAAGGGAGUAUUAAUGUCAUAAUCACCUUCAAUGUGAACUUUGUAGAUUCAUAAACUUAUAUUUGUGUAACAAUUUGUGGUACUUUAUUUCAGGAAUGCAGUUUGAAUGUCAUAUUGAAGACAGUUGAAGGAAAUAAGAUGCAGGCAGAUUACAAAAUAGAGGAGAGAGGAUUGAACAACAUAGUUUCAACUUUGUCCAGUAUGACAAUAGUCUGGUUUUACCAUUCCUUCGUACUAAUUUAAUCUGUGCAGAUGGCAUGGAACUGGAGUUCUGAGAGGGGUUUAGUCUUGUUACCAGGAAAAUGACUAAUCAGCGAAUGAGAGAGGGGGCACAAAGUUCGAACAUCAAUGAACAACGCCUUCACCCCUCCCACUCAUAAUAAAAUUGGUCAAUGUCAUGAAAAAAAUUGUAGUAAGUGGUUAAAAUUGGACAUGUGUUUCGAAUUUCAACAGAGUUCAUCCCUCCCUCAGUUAAACGUUUCUGUAUUCGGCAGUUCCAGAUCAUCUGUGCGAAUGACAUCAGGCCGAAGGGGUGGUAAAACCGGGCUAGUAUGACUCCAGCAUCUGUCAUUUCCAUGACAACGUGUGUGUAGGGAGGAGGGCUUGUACACUCUCAUUCCAUCUCAGCUACCCUUCUCACCCCUACACUUGCUUCCCGACUCCUGGCCCCACCCACCCACUGCUUACUCUGUGCGAUCAGUCACUGAAACCAAUUCCACCCACCUCCUUGACUCUCUCCAAGACCUGUCCACUCUCCCUCCUCUCAUGCCGCACACGCACACGCACACGCACACGCACAC